GGCAGGAGAGGUUGAAGUCAACCAGGAAACAGUAGAUUAAGAUGCAAAAAUAGGGAGGUUCGAUUUUAUUUUGAAAAAUUUACUGUUACUAAAGUGUUUCCUGUUUGGAACUACUGAAGACACGUUUGCUGACACGAUGAGCACACCUGUUUGUGAGGUGAACAGCAGAACCUUGAAAAAUGAGAAUUCAAAUUCAGUUCCUGUCAUGCUGGACCACAGGAGGAGGAGAGUCGGUCUGACCAGCAUCCACCUGAACCCGGACCCUUCAGAGAUUGAAGCCAGAGAGGCCUGUGAUUGGCUGCGCGCCGCUGGAUUCCCGCAGUACGUGCAGUUGUUCAGAGACUGCAGGUUUCCCGUCGACAUCGAGUGGGUGAAGCGGGACCACCCCUUCCUGGAUCAGGACGCUCUGGAUUCGCUGUGCAGAAGGUUGAUCACCUUAAAUAAAUGCUCAGAGAUGAAGCUGGAGCUGAGCAGGAUGAAACGAAGGAGGAACGUCUACCAGGAAGAAGACUUCUGCACCAUCAGCCCAAACUGGACCUACGACCGCCAUGCACGACAGUGGCGCCGCCUCGGCUCCUCCUCAAACGUCUCGGUUCUGUCCGGCAGCCCCGCCCACUCUCUGGACGAGUCUUCGUGUGACGUCAUUGACCUCCAGGACGUCUGCUCCAUCCGCAGCUCCAGCAGCUCCGAGAGCGACGGCCACGACGGACGCCGUCUCAGACUGGCAGGGACCACCCCCGUCACCAUCAGCACGCCCGCCUCAGGCGAUACCAGCAGGAGCUCCUCCCGCUGCUCCUCUGCCUACAAAACGGCGUCCCUGGACACGUCUUUCAGUGGACCUCCUUCUCCUUCCACCGCAAGUCUGGAAGCUGACGGCUGCCUCCAGGAGAAACCCCCCCGGAGGACGGGCACCACCCUGCUGAGGAGGAUGGAGAAGCUGAGGUUGAGAGGAGCAGCCGGCCUGCUGUCUCCAGAGCAGAGCUGUAGGCCGACUGUAGGAGCCAGGCCGGUUCUGAUCCAGGACAAGUUCUGCCGGUCCAGCAGGAUGAGCCAACAGCAGCGCCGGUCCAGCCAGCAGAACCUGCCCCCCCUACCCCCCUCCCCGGGUCUGGAGGUGUUGACGGUCUCCCAGGUGGUCCAGCUGCAGAAGCUGGCGCUGCUGAAGCUCACCGCACUGAUGGACAAACACUCGCCGUCCAGCAGGCAGGGCUGGAGCUGGACCGUUCCCAAACCCCCCAGCGCCAGCCGGCCCGGCGGGCUGAAGGUUCCGCGGGUGUUCGGGGCUCCUCUGCUGCUCAGCCUGCGACAGACGGGGGAGGCGCUCCCCCCCUGCAUCAGCAGAGCCCUGCUGUACCUGAGGAGCGACUGUCUGGACCAGGUGGGACUCUUCCGGAAGUCGGGAGUGAAAUCCCGGAUCCAGCUGCUGAGGGAGCAGGUGGAGUCGGACCCGGAGGGAGUUUCCUUCGAGGGUCAGUCGGCCUUCGACGUGGCCGACCUGGUGAAGCAGUUCUUCAGAGACCUGCCCGAGCCCGUCUUCAGCAGCCGGCUGUGCGAGAGCUUCCUCCACAUCUACCAGUACGUUCCUCAGGACCAGCAGCUGCUGGCGACUCAGGCGGCCGUCCUGCUGCUGCCUGACGAGAACAGAGAGGCCCUCCAGACGCUGCUGCACUUCCUGUGGGAUGUGGUCAGCUGUGUGGACCAGAACCAGAUGACCCCCACCAACAUCGCCGUCUGCUUGGCGCCGUCGCUCUUCCACCUCACGGCCAAGAAGGACAGCAGGUCCGGUCACAGAAAGCACAGUCUGGGCCGCCCGGACCAGCGGGACCUGAGCGAGAACCUGGCAGCCACGCAGGGCCUGGCCUUCAUGAUCACGGAGGUCCAGAGACUCUUCCAGGUCCCAGAGUUCUGGCCCGGUCAGGGUGUCGGUCCUGAGGAGUCCAGAGGAGGUGAGGAGGAGCGAGAAGAGCAGAUGACUCGUCUGAAGCGGAGCACCCAGCGGCUCCUGGAGGAGCUCCGGGAGGAGAACCCGGUCUGGGAGAACCAGCCCGGUCCAGAACCGCUGGAUCUGGCCUUCAGAAAGGGCUGGGGCGACGCCCCCCUGCGGUUGUGGCGCGGCUCCGUGGAGGUCGACGCCCCCCACCGGGACGUGCUGCGGCGCCUGCUGCGGGAGCAGCCGCUGUGGGAGCCCCGCCUCCUUCAGGCCGCCGUCAUCCAGACCCUGUCCGACCACGCUGAUAUCUACCGCUUUCUCCUCCGGGGGCGGAGCCCCCUUCCCCCCCAGGAGCACCUGCUGCUCAGGACCUGGCAGGACGACCCGCUCUGCGGCCCCCUCUACCUGUCGUCUGCGUCCACGGAGCACCCCGAGAUCCAGCCGGGGGGGGUCCGGGUCCACGUCCACACCUGCCUCUACCUGUUGGAGCCCACGGGGGCCAUCAAGACCCGGCUGACCCACCUGUGCCAGACGGACUUCAGGGGGCACUCGCCGGCGUGGGACAGGGAAGUGGGCGGCCAUUGCGUGGCGUCCCGCCUGCUGGCCGUCAGAGAUUCCUUCAGAGCCGAGUUCAAAGAAACCAAGAUCUGAGGAAACCAUCUUUGAGUUGGAAGCUUCCUCUCCAAACAGGAAAUGGGCGUCGAGUGUUCCACCUGCUGCAGCGAUCAGCGCUUCACCCACAGAAAUGAUUCUGUAACAAACAAUCCAUGCAGAGCUGCAGAAGAGUCAGCAUGAAGCUUUGUGGAUCCAGAUCUUCAGGUUUAUCGUUCACCUGCAGGUUUGACUCCAGAAAAUCUAAAAAUAGAUGUUUUAAUGAACUGGUUUGAAUGUAAAUGUUCAGUUUUAUUUAUAAAGAUGAGACUAAACUAAAUCCUGUUGAUGUAAAGAUCAAGGUUGUUUUGUUUAAAUAAAUCUAGAAACUUCCAUGA